AUUAUAAGUCGAUAAAAUUAAAAAAGGUGCGGAUUAACCGAAAAACACAUUAAAAUGCUAAAAACAAAAACAAAUGACGAGAAAGCCGAUACUCUCUUGACAAAAAGUCUAGUACCCAUCAUCGAUCUGGCUCAUUGUGGCACUGAAGAAUGCCCCGUGCGAUCUGUGGUCAACCGAGUGGGGCAACAAUUGCACAAAGCUCUCUCUGAAAAGGGUUUGGCUUUACUGGUAAAUCAUGGAAUUGCCGAUGAAAAGUUGAAAACCGCUUGGGAUCAUUUGGAUGAUUUUGUCGAUUUACCCACAGAUGUUAAAGAACACUACAUACGUACUGGUGAGGAUAAUCAUGGUUACGUGAGUCCCGGCUUGGAAUGUUUCGAUGGAAAGAUCCCCGAACUUAGACACGCUUUCAAUAUUUGUACGCUAAACGCCAAAGAUCUGCCCGAAGAACCUUUACCAGGAUUUGCUGAUCAUAUAUCGACAUUAGCCGAAGAUUUUAAAUCUUUAGCUCGUUUUCUUUUGCAAGCUCUGGCGAUAUCAUUCGACAUACCACAGACAUUUUUUCUGGAAAGACACUCACAUAUGUUAUCCGGCGAUCAUGAUAACGAAACCACUCUGCGUUUAUUAUACUACCCGCCAGUAAUAGAGGAAGAUGAAAAUGGUAAAAACGAAUUCAUUAAAGGUCAUUGCAAAUACAGUUAUCAACGUUGCGUUACAAAUCUACCGGACUUUCGCCCUGAAUACAAUCCGCGCGAUGACUUCAAUGAAAUAGACGGUGACAGCAACCGAAUUGACGAAUUAAACCAAACCACAGAACGUCGUCUGCCAAAUGGUGAGAUGAUACGUUGCGGUGCUCACACCGAUUACGGUACUUUCACUCUGUUAGCUCAGGAUUCAGAAGGCGGUCUAGAAGUAAAACUAACUGGAACUGAAAAAUGGCAAAGACUCGGACACUUACCCGGCGCAAUACUUGUUAAUUGCGGUGAAAUAUUAACAAUAUGGACACAAGCUAGAUACCUUGCGUUGCCACAUCGAGUGGUAAUACCGGAACAAGAACAUCUAAGAACCCGAGGUCGACAUUCUAUAGCGUUCUUUUGCCAUCCAGAUAAUUUAACAUUGAUAUCCCCCUACGAUUUGCCACUGCCUGCUGAUGUACAAGAUACUACCUGCAAAAAGACAAGAAAAAAGUCCUUUAAAGCGGCGAAAGAAAAGGUCUAUAACGCCUAUCAGCUAAUACAAAAGCGCUUUCGCGAGACUUACCAGAACCACUACACUUCGUAAUUAAUACUGAAAUUGUGGCAGAGAAACGCCAACUAACUUAACAGAACUGUGUUUGUUUAGCUUUUCAGUCAGUCCAGUCAAUAGUGUAAAAACAAGUUCAUUCAAACGAUAGAAACAAGUGAUUUCUUAAAAAUAAUUUAUAUACCGAUUUUUUUUUAUUUUGCUUUAUUUUCAUACAGAUAUAUGUAUACAAUAAAUAGGCGUAAAUCUAUAUGCACAAAUAUAUAUGUGCAUAAGCGUAUUCAUAAGAUAACACUACUUUAUAUAACUGGAUAAAUUCAUGCAAUGAGUGUACUAAGGAUGAAUGUAUACAAACUGAUUUUCACACUAACAACAUAUUUAUAAACAUAUAAUAACUGUUUUAUAUUCAUUUUACAAUUUCAUGAACUAUUGUUUGUUUUGACUACAAGUAUAUGCUUAUUAACAUAAACGGUAUAAGAUUUCCAUCAAUUUCUAAAAUGACAGCAGAAAACCUUGUAGACUUUCAUGCUACAUUCUUUCUUUUCCUUUUUUUUUUUUUAGAAUAAUUUCUGUUAAGUUUUAAAAUAAAACAACAUUGAUAAAUGUAUACAUUUCUGAGAUGAAUUUUUUGUUUUCGACGCGGUAUCAGAUAACAACAAACGGUGAGAUUUGGUUUCAGGUUCAUUUGUUUAAAUAUUUUCUAAUUUGUUUAUAUGUGCGUGCGCGCACAUAUAAGAUAUUUUAUAAAAUCUCUGUCAGUUAAACUUUAACAUAUUAACGUCCUAUUGCGCAAUAACUUUGUUUAUUAACAAAACCUAAUUCUGACUUAUUUUUAUCAUUAACAGAUUUCCUUACUCUAUCUAUAACACUAUAACAAUUGUGUAAACAUAUGCUAUUGUUUGCUUGUAUUUCGAUUGUCAAAGAAUGAAUGAAACUUUGUGAAAUUGCUCUUUCACGAUCACCAGUAAAAACAAAGGAUUCUUCAUCAAAUGCCUCGGAACUAAAUUAAAAAAAAAAAAACCAAAAUAUUUCCUACCUACAUCAGCUGUCUCAGUCAAUCGUAUCGCCUUAUUCGUGCGACGGACUCCUUUUAGUCAGUACUAAUUAUAAUUCGCCUUGAAGUAAACACUAGGUUUCUUCAAGCUUUUGAAACUUUAUUUCAAGUAAAAUAAGUUAAAAAUAAUAACGAUUUGUAAGCAACCGUUCAUAUGCAUUAAAUAAUUAAUUAUUAAAAUAAUCAAUCAUAAUUUAUAUUGUUCUCUAGUAUAAUAUAUUUUCUAAAAUUUGGCCAAAGUCAGUCAAGAAAAUAAUUAUUUUAACAAUGAGUUAGAGAAGUGAAGGGAGUCUUUUUUGCAGUCCCCUACUGAAAUAUGAAUUCGAAAAAAAUCUAUACAUUCUGAGGAGAAUAUAUGAAAAUUUUGUUUACUAUUAUUUAAAGAGUAGGCAAGUAUAGGAUGAUUCGUGUUGUUCAGUCCAUUUUAUUGCACGUUCGAAAGUGAAGUAAGGAAUACAGUUUACAAAAAACAUCGCUUUAUUCCUGUGCAAAGGGGCUCCUUCCUUUUGGGACUUUUAUAUGUACACUUUCAACUUCGCAUCUCUUCAUUUAUGGUCUUGAUGUUAGAUUCUCCUUUGUUUCUUUAAUAUGAAUUUUUUAAACAACUUCCAAGAGUGAAUUCACAUAAAUGACUUUUUUUAAAGUAUUUUGUAGGGCAUAUCUUAACAAACAGUACAUUCACACAUCAGCUUUGAUGCGAUCAACGUCUUUGACAUGCAAAAUAGUUUCAAAAUGCGAUAUAAAUCUGCCGAUUAAAUAAAAAGAUUAGUGUAGCCACUUAACGUUAACCUAGUGGGGACACGAAGAUGCAUAGUUUAACUAUGGCGCGAUUCGUGGGUAUUAAGAAAUGCUGUUGGCCCACUAUUUGUACUACACCACUCUGUUCCCUAAAAACUCGUCUGAAUUAUUUCGCUACAUUGUUCUGGCAACCACUGUUCCAGUGGCUUUCAAGUGUUGGAGAAAACUAAACAGUGUUUUUGGUUUUGAUUUUUCACGAAAUGAAAGCAACAUUUUUUUGCUUUUUGCACAUAUUCUUACAUCCGGCAUAGAACAUUUUUACCGUCUGCUUAGCGUUCGCCGCCGCUUCACGUUUUCAACCAAUUGACGGUUUUGUGUUCAUACACGUCCAUCCUUGCGUUUGCUUGGGUAGUCUGUCUUUCGUGAUAUGUUAAAAACCAGCAAACCUGAGAAAUUACAAAUUACAACAACAAAAGGAUUGUAAUUGACAUAUAUAUUUAUAUACAUAUUGGAUAUCUACUUUUCGACUUAAUGGCAAAGGGGAUGUUGAUAUGAUGCGUCGGAGAUAAAAUGAAAUUUGUACACAAUCGUGUCUCGGACAUAGAAGCGUUCAAUAAACCAAUGGAAAAGGCAUCGUAAAGAGGUUAAAGAAAAAAACUUUCCCUAAGCGAAUUCUACUUGAGUCCUCUACCCCCAUUCAUCUCGUGCAAGGCUGUUGGGUUAUUUUUUCGAUAAAUUUCGAGUAAAUCGAAAUUUCGCAGCAAAAAACUCAAUCUCGCAACAAAAAUCUUUAAGUCGCGAGCAUAGAGUUUUCUUACUUUCAUUGCACUCGAAGUAACAUUUUUUGGUUUUUUUUUUUUUAAUUGUAGCCUAAGCACGUGUUUUAAGCAUAUUGUUUGCAUAUUGUACUUUCUUAUCAACCUAUUUAACCUAAUUGUUAUAUACAAAUAUGUAUGUUAGUGUUUUUAUUUUAAAAAACUUGCAUUAAAAUUACAAUAUCUCUUGUUUCUUUUAUGUGCAUGAACAUAAGUAUAAGUGCGAGACUAUGCAGGUAUGUAUGUUACACUUAUGCAAACCUAAAUGUUAUUUUGUUUUUCGUAAAUUCUACAUACAUACAACUAUUUCCGUACUAGUGCACGUUUAAAUAUUGUUUUUUUAAAUGUGUUUUCAUGUCGAAAACAAUAAAAACUUAAAAAGCUAAAAAACUUUUGGAUUAUUAAUGUAUAUGUUGAGGUGAUCAGAUUUAUUGGCACAAAAGGCAGAGCGUCCAUUGAAAGUGGAUAAAAGAAAGCUUUUGAGUACUCCCUCCUUGAAAGAAUCCCUAAAUUUUAAAUACUACAGUCACCACUUUUCGUUUUGUCCCCACAGAAUUUCAAGAAUGGGAUACGAAUAAUAUAACCCCCUCUUAUUAAUUAGGCUUCAGAAAACAGUAUCUUGAAAAUAAAUUUUCAAAAACUCUAUAAACUCAUAAUUUUCCCAGCAGUAUGGUGUAGUGUUGAAAAGUCUAUUAAAAUUUUUAAAAUACAAAUUCAUAUUUGUAAGAUCCUACGUGGGACAGUAUGUAAGGUAUACAAGGACGGAAAAACGUUGUUGAGACUCACGUACAUCAGAAGAAAUCGAAUGUGAAGUUAUGCAGAUGAACACGUGUUACGCAUUGUAUUCGUCCGUACGUUUUCCAAGCAAGACUUAACUUUAAUGCGCCUGAGUCGACGAGUAGCUAAGUUAGUUUUCACGGGCUCAAAUCUCAUGUGCUUUGGAUUGGUCGCAGCUACAGUGAGUUUUCAGUCGGUAAGGGCACAACACUUAUCCAUGGGGCACGCGCUAACGUAACGCGCUUUUCUUCUUUCUGACCCCCACCGUGUUACAUGAAUAGAAGAUAUCUUCAAAUCAUUGGUCAUAAUACAAAACAAA